UCUGGGUGGAUCCCGGUAUAAAACGCUGAUGUUGAGGAUGAAUAGUGCUGUCAUCUCCAUCAGAUCACAUUCACUGCUUCAUCAUGGACUUCGAUCUGGGCUCAGCUUGUGGUGAUGAUGAGUUGAAGAAGCAGAAAGGCAACGAGGUGGAGGGCAUCUUUGGGUUUGGAAAAAAGGAUAAAGAUAAGGAAAAGGAAAAAGACGAAGAUAAAGGGUGCAAGGACAAACAUAAAGAUAGUGACAAGCCAAAGAGUGAUUGCAAAGAAGAUAAAGACAAGUGCAAAGACAAAGAGAAGGACAAGUGCAAAGACAAAGAUAAGGACAAAUGCAAAGACAAGGAAAAGAAGAAGGAUAAAGAGCACAAAAAGGGCCACGGACACGGUCAUGGACACGGUCAUGGACAUGGACACGGUCACGGCCACGGCCACAGACAUGGACACGGGUCGUCCUCUUCAUCCAGUGAUGAGGACUAAAGCUGAAGACUGAAGACAUUUUGGUGACCGGGGCAAGUUGUCACAUGGGGAAAAUGUCCUAAGGGAUUUAUGUUUAUAGUCAAAAAUCCAUUUGCACAAAUGCUUGUUUUCUUUAGCAGUGGUUUAUAUGUUGUUUAAAAAACAUCUAGUUGCACCUAAAUUAGAAAAAUAUAUUUUAUAAAUUCUGUACUUUAUAUUUUUAUAAAUUGGUGCAAGCUGUUACAUGUUUUCUGUGAUGUACUGUAUGUACAGUAUCCUGUUAUUUUUUUACAUUUUCAAAGACAUUAUAUAGCCUAUAAUACAUUUAUAUAUGAAUAUAUAUUGUGAAAAUGAAUCGAUUAUAUGUAUGUCAUAUUACAAAUAUUGUUUGUUUUCUCAAAACAGUUCCCAUUGUGAUUUAUCCCACAUAUUGUAACAACAUGCCCCAUUAAAGGUCAGCAAGUCAGCUGAACAGUUGUUUAAUAAGCUGUAAUUUUAUACUGGAUUAUAAUGAUAGACAUGUCCAAUAGUAGUUGUAGUUUUUAUCUUCAGGUUUGUGACUAUUGAAAACUUGACUUUUCAAAAUAAACUCACCAUGAGAAAUUUA